AUGUCCAUCGAAGCCGAACUCCUCUCCCCGUACCAUCUAAUCCAUCCCGAGAAAACAAUCUUUCGAGUUCAACCUCCUGCCAGUGGCUCUGGGCAAGAUUCCAUUCGAUCGAACCCAUCAUUUCAGACCACUGGUUAUAAACUCUACACAAAAGCAUGGGCCAAGACCAAUCAAAAAAUAGUGAAAAUCGUUGAUGACCUUCAAAGAGGUCUCCUGGAUGACUUGGUAACAUUUAUCAAAACAACCAGAUUUGAAUCUAGAAGUUUAAUUCGGCAACCAAUCCCCACUGCUGUGCUACUGGGUACAUCUAAGAUAUUGAACGCGUCACUUGCUUCUCGGAUGUCUGCACUUGAGGAUCCACUGGGCCAAUCUGAAUGCUUGCCGAUCCAACUCAACAGUCGAUCCUGCCUUACUUUAAGCUCGACAAUCAAAUCUAUCGUCAAUUCAUUAGAGAGCAGACUUGACGCCAAUUCGCUAGAAAGCACACUGGCCUCCGGAGCAAAUGAUCCUCUUGCAAGAGAUGAUGUACAGAACAUUCGAAUUAUCUACCAGGCACACUGUGAUCACUGCUUCAAAACCAGCACUCAACCUUCACCAUCCGAUGCAGAUUCAGCACGUCGACCUAAGCUGGUUUUCAUAGUUGAUGAGUUUGAAAGCUUUGAUUCCGGAGUAUUGGAAGCUUUAAUUUCAAUUUUCAGUAACUUGAUGGCCCAGAUCCCUAUCAUGCUGAUUCUAUCGCUUAACACGUCAGCCGAAGCGAUCCAUUCCUUAUUGCCAAGAAGCGCGAUAUUUCGGAUGAAGAUGACCCCAUUUGCUGUCGAUAUGGGUGGGAGUACCGUCACAUCAUUAAUUCAAAAGAUCACAUUUGAUCCAGAUAGCGAGUUUGAUCUUUCCUCGGGCGUGGUGAGGUCGUUGAUGGAUGGAUACGAGAGAUUAAACAAGUCGAUCGACAACUUGAUCUCAAAACUUCAAUUCAUUCAUCUGGCACAUUUCCACACGAACCCUCUCUGCGAAUUCUUGGACGGUGUUUCUACGGAAGAAGAAGAAAAAGAACAAGAUGAUAUACCACAACCACCGAAUUUCGAAUAUCUAGCCUUUCACUUACGCCUGACAGCUUCCUGGAAGCGGGCCCGUCGAGGACAAUCGCUGCUCGUGAACGACCAAGAACUAAUACAUACCCUGUGGAAAUCAUAUCGAAAACGGAAACAGGCUCGAAGAUCGUGUCUAAUGGCUCUCGAAACUAUAGGACGAAUUGGUCAGCUGUGGCCGGAAAAGGAGAGGACGCCCGAAUGGAUAUUGUACAACGUUUAUCGUCCUGAGCUAGUUGAAUAUACGGCUGAAAUGUGCAAAUUGAUCAGACACAGCAACGAUGAAAUGCUCAUGAAUGCAUUGAAUUCACUCUCUGACAUGGCGUCCGAAUUUGAUUGGCUCGAGCCCAGUCUCAUCCGACUCUGCGAGCUGAUGAACGACAGGGAACUUCGGAAAGCUGGUUCCCGAACUCAUCUGGUCAACACCAAUGAGCCGUUGUUGGCAGGGGUCACACUGCUCCCAGCCGAUCGGGAAUUCACAAAUAUCAUAUCUCAUGUGACCGAUUCUUUGAUUCAAUUUUUUCGGACAAACCUAGGACCUGAAAGCUUACUAGAACUUCAUGAAGCAUGGACGUUUGAUGAUAAAAUUCUGCUGAACGAAGUUUUUCAUCCGAAAUACACUCAGCAAAUCAAGUCACGAUUAGAAUUGAAGACAGCCGACCUCAACUCAACAGCUGAUUCCAAAGGCAAGGGUAAGAGUGAUAUGAAUGCGGAAGAAGCUGAUGGGGAACAAGACAUGAAUCGGCUGAGAAGGAUGUACGAGCUAUACAUGGAAACUAAUGGGAAAGUAAUCAACUUGAACGACUGGUUUGGUGCGUUUUAUCAGCCAGCCAAUCCGUCUUCUUCCUCAGCCACCGAUUCUAAACAAACCGGCCCAAAUAAAAAGAGGCGAAAGCAAUCAACUGAGAAAAAUCAAGAGCUUGAGGUCGAAAAAGGUUUCAUAAAGUCGCUCGGUGAUCUCGGCUUUCUCGGUAUCAUAUCUCAGUGCAAUCGCAAGAAAGAACACGUCACCAAACAUUUUUUUGGUUGA